CCUCAACGAUUCUGCAAGCCUUGAAAUAGAAUAUUUCAAUUUACAACUUUCGUCUACCGACUUCUCUCCUUCCGCCACGACCAUUCCAGAAGCUGUCAGAAUGGGCCAAAUCCACCCCUCCCCAGGAAAUGCCCGAUGCUAUCCGUUCUUCUGCGAAUAUCCACAGCCUCACAUUUCGGAGACAUGACCGAUUGAGACAAGGCCCGUUCGACGGGAGCGGAACACUCCUCCGUCUAUACGUUUUGUACACCGAUGUGGAAAGUUGACGACUUGCAUUUGAAGGAAAGCAUUCCUUUUAUUCAAGACGCCCGCUAGAUACCAAGGGCGUUGCUAGAUGUGACGUGCAUGUGCUGCAAACACUAGGAGAAUUUUACCAGCUAAGUCGACCUUGCAAACGUUUUUCUUCAAGGAUACGUUCACUCUGAAUGAAAUGAAACGGUCCUAACAAGAGCAUGAAGUGAUAUGUAUUGAUAUGUCUAGCCAUUUAUUUGCUUGUUAGAGGGCAGCUAACUGUGAUAUGAACGCGUGUGCCGCUGGAAUGCGUGCUCGAUCUGGUUUGGAAUGUCAACAAAUUCCAUUCAUAAAUAACAUUCGACAUAGUUUCCUUUUCUUUACGUACCCGGUCCUAUCUAUGCUUAGCCUUGGGAGUUGAAAACUCCACGCUAAAUUUCUACAACAUGGACCGAUGACUAUCUCUCACGUCGCCUCAUAUCAUGUCCCCAAGCAGGAGCUACCGCGACGCUCUCACACGAGAAACAUUCCGUUUGAGUCUCGCACUGGCCUUAAAAGACAGCUCUCUAGGAACAACACCAUUAAGCCACCAGCAAACCUUCCUAUCUUUACUCAAAGCGGACGCUCCAUACGUCGCUUCUGCUGUACCACGGAUUCUACUGGCUAUUAGCGUGGCGAUAGUUAACCGUCGACACGAAACGAGCUGGGCCAAAGUACGGGGAGUGACGUUUUACAUUUUGUUAUCACUUCUCCAGCUACAAUGGUUGCUUUCUAUCUCUUUCCUAUGGCUAGUUGUUCCAGGGCUAGUCCUUCUACCAUGGUUAGGCUUACAAGCCGUUUUCAUCUGGAUUAUCAUCCGAUAUAUUAACGGCGGGUCUCAGUCUUCAAAAUUUAUCACCAAAAAGGCCCAAGAUGAUAUUUCAAGUAGCAAAGCGCAGGACUUCGAUUGGUUCGUGGUUGGUGGUUUUAUGGACGAUGACCAUGUGUGCCAGGAACUUGCACCCAGGCUAACGAGGAUCUUUGGUCAUGAUAUGCACUUCUUCAUGGCUUAUAGACUGGGCUUCUUGUUGGACACGAUACUUUUCUUUCUCCAACGGAGCGCUCAUAUACCUACGACAAGAUCUGUAAAUGUCUACAAUUCCGUUCGGGCAAGUCUUCUAAACCCAGAAACAGAAGGUGUUCGCAUUCUCGCCCAUAACACGGGGGUACUGGAUGUUUCAUGGCUCCUCUCCCGCCUUUGCGCCGAUUUCCCUCCUGGGGAUCAACUAAGCAAGCUCCAAGUCUUCACGUUUGGCGCUGCAGCGAUAGAAAUGACCUUGCCUCUUGGGAAUACCUCGUCGCAACGACUCGAAGCUAAGAGGGAUUCUCUUUACCCCUUAAUCACUCAUUUUGCAUUCACGGAUGACCCAUUCGCGCAGAUUGGUGUGCUUCUCGGUAUCCGUCAGAGGCUAGAAGGUCGCUUCGUAGGCAGUUUGUACACCAUCCAUACCAUUAUGCCGGCUCCGACAAAGUUUCAUCUACUACCUCGCAGCCGUCAUUACACUUUGCAUGACUACUUCGACGCUCUUCUACCUGACGGGAAUCCUCGACUCGGUGUUCUCAAUCAAACUUGCAAGAUAGAUCGUGAACUGAGCGAAAUGCGAGAGCUCGCUGCGCUAGCACAAAGCCUCACCCACGAGCGAUUGAGGACGCGCAGGGAACGUAUUAGCUGGACUGCACUCGGAGCCAUGGCAAAUACUAAGUCCUGUGAGUAUGAAGGGAGGCCACAGCCUUUUUCCUUGGAGAAGGUCAGGAAAGAAGGGAAGUCUUUGGAAGGCCUAAGAGGCUAUGAAAACAAUCCCUUUGUCACUGUGUUGAAUGAUGCUAGACAUCGCAUACGUUGUAGGAAGCACGCAAUGAGUAGCAAGGUCAUAGCAAACACUGAGGGCUUACGUGUGAAUACUAGUAAGUACAAAUACUAAGGAUGGUACUGCUGGCAGUUGGAGACUCUUCUAGUAUAUAGUAUUUCUGUUUAGGUACUUCUUUUUACAGCCUACUUAGCAGUAGUAAUGGAAAAAAAAAUAUUAUUC